AUGGCGAUGACCUGUUUAGCCGAAUGCCCGACGAAGAUGGCGAAGCAAGGGUGUGAGGACGCAUCGCUCACAGAUCGACCUGGCCGAGAGGAGGUAGGGACAGCUGGAAAAGAGGCGGCGGCGGCGACGGAGGAUGAGGACGUGGUAGUUGGUGGUCAGCGGUGGUUGUUGUUUGGAGAGAUUUGGCGGACUCGAUCGAGUUUCCCGCCGACGUCGAGUCCUGGUUGUGGGUAUGACAGUAUGGAGAAGCAACUGGAGGCUUAUCGGAAACAACGGUCGAUUCGGCAGCGGACGGCGAAACGAGGGGGCACCGACAGAAAGAGUAAGAAGAAAGAGGAGGUGAGAAGGGAGAAAGGUGAAGAGAGAAAGAGAGAGAGGGUCAGAAAGAGACGAAACAGGCGUCAAGAGGAGGGGGGGGAAACCGGUGGAGAGAGAAUAAGAAUACUAAGUACCCCAGGUACUGACGACUUGGUCCGGACCGAUGGACACGAAUCAUCGAUCGCAAGACCGGUGGAGAUACUCCAGUUGGAUGAAUUCAUGAGCCAGUCUCGCCGACGUUGGACUGUAGGAUUCUGUUUCAUCGAGUGGUCAUCGGUCGGCAACCCCGAAAAUGAGAGAGUAUGGGCACACCGAAUCAAUACCGCUCGUACGCGCCGGUAUGAACCCCGUAUCAGGAACCCAGCGCUUAGCAAUCGCCAGAGUAGGAGGCGGGCAACAAGAUGGGCUGGCUGGCGAAGACCCUUCCCAAGGGGUCCUUCUUGGACAGUUCAUAUAACGGAGGAGGCCCGUCCAAGAAAAGAGUGGUGGGUGGUGAGUGGUGAGGCACCAGGCACUGCAGCCAGUGGGGCACCGCAGAGGGGGGCACCGAUCGGCUACUUUUUCCCGAAAUCCUCCGCGGAUGGCCCACGGGCGGCGACUCUCGGUGACGUUAACCACUCAAUGCUCCCUCGCCCCUUUGUCUGGUAA